AUUUAAGUAUGUCGACCGUACCUUACUUAUACCAGCUUGAUGCUAAAUCUGACUUGCAUAGAAAUGUUGCAGAUUUUCACCCUAACAUUUGGGAAGAUUAUUUCCUUCAAUAUGCUUCACAAUCUAUGGAACUUGAUCAAACAAUGGUAGCACAAAUAGAGACACUAAAAAGCGAUGUAAGGAACAUGCUUGUCUCAAAAACCGAGAAACCGUUGAUAAAAGUCCACUUGAUUGAUUCAAUAUGCCGCAUGGGUGUGAGCUAUCAUUUUGAACAUGAAAUUGAAGAAAUUUUGCAACAUAUUCAUAAUAAUUAUGUUGAAAAUGGAGAGAUAACUAUUGAAGACAAUCUUUGCUCUCUUGGUGUGCUAUUUAGGUUGUUGAGGCAACAAGGGCUUUACGUUUCACCAAAUGUAUUCAACAAAUUGAAGGAUGAGCAAGGAUAUUUUAGUGAAAAACUUAUUAGAGAUGUUGAGGGGAUGCUAAGCUUGUAUGAAGCCACACAUACCAUGAUUCACGGAGAGAACAUUUUGGAAGAGGCUUUGGCUUUCACUACUACGAACCUUGAGUUCAUUGCCAACCAAUCGAGCCACCCUCAUGCAAUACAAGUCAAACAUAGCUUAAGACAGGCUCUCUACAAGAACGUGCCUAGAAUUGAGGCACGACACUACAUUUCCAUGUAUGAGCAAGAUCGUUCUCAUAAUGAAAAUUUACUCAUUUUGGCAAAACUAGAUUUUAAUAUGCUCCAAAACUUACAUCAAAAGGAAUUUGGUAACUCUUGCAAAUGGUGGAAGGAGUUGGAUGUGCCCAGCAAACUACCAUAUGCACGAGAGAGAAUAGAGGAAAGUUGCUUUUGGGCUAUGGGGGCAUAUUUUGAGCCCCGAUAUUCUGCGGCAAGAAGUAUUUUGACAAAAUUAGUGAUCAUAAUAACAUGUAUCGAUGAUACAUAUGAUGCAUAUGGAAAAAUUGAUGAAUUGGAACUUUUUACUAAAGCAAUUGAAAGGUGGGAUAUUAACUGUACGGAUAACCUUCCAGAUUACAUGAAGUUUCUCUACAAACUAAUCUUUGAUCUUUACGAAGAAGUAAAGCACGAAAUGAGAAAGGAAGGAAGAGAAUAUGCUCCAAACUACUACGCAAAAGAAUUCAUAAAAUAUGUUCAAGCAUAUAUGACCGAGGCAAGGUGGUUAAACAAUAAUUAUAAACCGACAUUAGAAGAGUACAUUCGGGUAUCAACAGAAUCAUCUGGUUAUGCAAUUGUGACAACAACUUGUUACAUUGGUAUGGGAGACAUAGCUACUGAGGAUGUCUUCAAGUGGGUAUCUAGUGAGCCAAAAGCUAUUAAUGCUGCCAUUGUCAUUUGUCGGCUAAUGGAUGACCUUGUUUCCAACGAGUUUGAACAGAAAAGAGAUCAUAUUUCUUCAUUCUUGGAAUGCUAUAUGAAGAAAUAUAAUAUAUCUAGAGAAGCUGCUAUUCAAGAAGGUCGCAAAAGAAUUGCUGAUGCUUGGAAAGAUUUAAAUGAGGAAUGUCUUAGGCCAACUCAAGUUCCAAUACCUAUUCUAACGAUCAUACUAAAUCUCUCUCGUUUUAUGGAUGUAGUUUAUAAAGAUAAAGAUAAUUUCACACAUCCUGAAGGUGAAAUGAAGACAUUCAUUAAAGCUUUGCUUGUUGAUCCGGUGCCACUUUGAGCUUCAAUUUUAGUGUUUUUGUGUGUCGUAUUUCUAUUUUAAAUAAAAAAUUGUCAUGUGUGGAGGAAUAUGUUUUGUUUUAAUUUGUUGAAUUGAAAGUAUGCGUGUAUGUUUUAAAUUGAAAUAAUGUAAUAUUGUAUGAAUUAUUUCUACAAUUAAUGAAUGAAAAAAUGAGUAAAUUGUUUCAUAAAA